AUGAUUGACAGCGGUCUUUGUUUAUCGCCGUCUGUAGAAGGAGCUCUCGCUGUCGCCGUCGGCGCACACACCGGCGCCGGUGUCACUGAAAACGGAGGAGCGGAUGAAGGCCACGGAGGCAGCCGCUAUCUUUCACUGGCCGCGGCAUCCUCGGUGGCCAGCGCGGCGUGCGCCCUGACGUGGCUCCUGACGGUCUUUCUGCCACGGCCACAGGUGCCGGCCCUGGCAAUAGGGCUCACGCUUUCCCGCCCCGCAUUUGCGGGUUCCGGCAACGAGGUCGGCGCUGGCACGCCUAUGCAGUGGUGCUACGUGGAGCGCGGCGCCACCCCCUCCGUGCCGCACGACGCGUUGUGGGCGCACUGGACAGCGAUGGUCCAACCACCAGAAAGUCGCCGAGCGGGUUCAAGGCUCGCGUCGGCGCCCUGUUUUGCCGAGGGCGAUCACGACGAUGACUUCAUCGUUUGGGGCCGCCUGCAGCACUGCACAGAGAGAGCGACGACGAUUUUGUUUGGUGGGCAGCCGGCCGACUCUGUGACUCCCAAGUCCACACGUCUGUGCGCCCUUCUCGCGGUGCUCGGCGAUGUGCGUGCGUGUGCAACACGGCAGUCCACCUCCAACCCACUCCCGGUCCUGCUCUCCGACGAGACAAGUGUGCCGCAGCGUCUACUCUUUCAGUGGUUCACGUUUCUUGGGCUCCGAAGCACAUCGUCGUUAGAGUGCCGGCCUUCGGGAGAGCUGUCAACUGAGAUCCAUGCCAUCGUAUCCACACGCGACUGGCUGGCAGAGCUAAGCGCGUGCAACUCGAUUUGCUCUCUUGGGCACUGGCUGCACCUCGUCUCGCAGUGGCUGACUUUUCGCGUCCUGGAGGCCGCGCUGGAGUUGUUGCCGUCAGUGCUGCGGUGGAAGACAGGAAGUGCGUCAGCUGCAGAGACGCACCUUCUAUUCCGCUCUGAUGUCGACUCGAGCCGGUGCUGCUCUGCCAACCUGUGUUCCGGCCCUGAUAGCACCGCGUGUCCGGCACGACAGAAGGGUGGCUUGGCACAGCUGCGGCCGUCUUGCUGGAUGCGCUACCGAACAACAGCAUCGGCACCAGCUGCAGCAUCGCCCUCUACAGCCUCCAUCGCUGCCGCGCUGCCGGAGCUGCCCAAGGCAGAGGCAGUUCUCGUGUGUGUGCUUGAGCGCCUGAUGAGUGCCGCCAUCGGCCCCGCCGACGGCUCGCGCAAGUCGCCCGGUCGCCCCGCCACCGCGCACGCUCUUAUUCUCGAGCCUGAGGCGCACGGGGUGGUGACGUGUCGGCUGCACCUCGGUUCGCGUCCACCCAAGUGGCAGCGCAAUGGCUUGCCUGUACGUGGGGUAAGCGUGCCGCCUCUCUCGCAAAGUUUCUCGACAAGGCACCCGGCGCGGAGCUCAGCACCGCCGACGGCGCGCGCGGCACAUGCGCCCGUUGUCGCGGCCCUCCUAUCCUGGUACGCAGUCGACUUUGAAGCAGUCUUCGGUCGCCUUUAUCGUGUGUGGAGGCUCGCCCAACGGUACCACUCUCGCUGCCCCGCCAAGUCAUGCGGCGAAAUCGGGGCGGCGGAUGCAGCGGCUCUACACAAUAGUGACCCGUGGAGGGGUGUAGUGGACGCAGCCGUGCGAUGCUACACUGACGACGCUGGUUGCAGUGGUCAAGCGCACGAGGGUCCUGCACUGGGCUCGCUCGGUCGCUGCCUCCUCUUGGCGAUUUGGCUGUCACUGGCCCUCGUCGAUGUUGACGGGGGCGUCGGUGCCGCCGCCCCCUGCCCACCAAUGACGUGGAAAGGGACCCUGUACUACUCCAGUCGACGAAACGUGCUGCAUGUGCGGGACUGGGGUACGGCCCUGCAUCUACGCCACGUAGCCUCGUGUUUGUCUGCCGGCGACGACCAGGCCAUGGGCGGCGACACUGCAAAUGCCGGCGCCCUGCAAGAUGGGAAUAGCAGGGGGAAGGAGUGCGGCGCCGCUGUAAAGGAGGCAGUGUCGACCGUCGUCAACUCAUUCGCUCGUGCUCGCACCGCCGCCGUUGCCGCCCAGGCUCGCGCUAGACUUCAAGCGCAGUCAACGACUCAUCUGCCUUUCUCUGAGGCACAAGACCCUCGCGGGCACACCACGACAACCUCCCGUGGUGCUGGUGACAGCACGAGCCGCAGCACGUGCCGGCUUUUGCAUAUCUGUGGCGAUGAUGGCGCUGCCGCGGAGGACAACGACGAAUGCGUCCUGCUGAGCUGGAGCUGCGACACUGCGGAGGAGGAAAGUGGGCCGCGUGAGGGCGGUUCUGGAGUACCGCUCGUGCAACAGCCACAGGGGAAGCCACGCAGGGGUGGUGAUGACCCUCUGGCGUCCACAGAUCUGCUGGUCGGCACCUCUCCCCAAAGCUUGUGGUUGGACUGCAGCAUCGAAGAGUUCGCGGAGGCAAAUGACGGCACGAUCGGCCAGCCGCUCGUGACACAGGUGCCAGCGCCACAAGUGAAGGAGGGUCCAGAGCACUCUGCUCUGGAUCCUGCCCUGGUGGUGCCUCUCGUCAAGCUCGAAUCCCAUCUUCGCGAACUGCUGACCCGUAACGCCCUGUCAGAGAUGCUUUCGCUCAUUGGCCUCACCAGAGGACUCGCAUGGCGCACGUGUGAUGAUGGCGAGGUGGCUGCUCGGCAGCGUCCCGCUCGCCACGCGCGGUCACAUCACGUGAGGGCGGAGGCGCAGCGGCGGUUCGGUGGUUCUAGUGCGCUUCCCGUAGAUGAAGUGCGGCUGCACGAAGAUGAGCAGCCGCCAUCACCCGCUGCCGCUGCCGCCGCCGCUCACGUGGAUGUAUCCUUGUCGACGCGGCACGCUCCGGCUGCGCUAGCCUCCUCGAAAGCAACGCGUCUUCAAGAAGACGAAGAGCCUACUCGAAGCAGCCUCUGUAGAGCUGAGCACCGCAUGCGUCAGUACGUCUACGCUCGUUGCACACACGUCGGCGCUCUGCUCCUACUGCAGAGCCGAGAGGCGCGUGGACGCCUGCACUUGAGCCAAGUGUGGGAACUGGAACAGGAGGAGUGGCAGGCCCGGUGGAGCACAGUGCUAGUGCCCGAGUGCGUGCUGCGUAGCCUCCUCCACGAGAAGUCCGCCGCAGGAGCCUGGAGAGCGUUGACCCAGCAAGAGGGGCCGCAACAACGGCAACCGCACGGCUGUCGACACCGCAACAGACGUCUUGGCUCUGCAUCCCAGUGGCAUCAGAGGGGUCCGUGCGGCAGUGCGGCAUCCCUCAAGGUCGGCCCCUCUCCCCCUACACCAACUGCAGACGAGGUGCGGACACAUCGAAUGAUUUUGCUCUGCGGAGACGUGGAAGAGGUCGACAGGGGGGCGCCAGACCGCCCUGCGCAAAGAAGCCCACGCGCCAAAGCCUACGCCUCCCACAGCCCUCCACCUUGCCAGAGGAAUCAACAGGAGCCGCAGUCGCCACUGCUAGCGCCGCUCCACUCACCAUCGCUCACGAUGCGGCCGCGUCGCGCGCCUCCGCAAACGUGUCCCAAUAAACCCGCGGCGAGGGUGCCUGUCUCGGCGUACGCGCCCGCUGCUGCUGCCCGUUCGGCGGUUCCUGUCCUGUCUAUCUCGCUAUGCGAGACGCCACCUUCGGCACCGGCGCGUGCAUCAACGCGCCGAUGUCUGAACGAACUUCCUCUCAACCGCCGCAGGAUCGAUGCCGGCUUUGCCCGUAUCGCGCCAUCGCACCAGCUUGUAUCACCCCCAAGCACUGCUGCAAUACGCUGGUGCUUACCGGCUGAGGACAGCGACGCACUCGUCGAUCACGAGACUCCGAGAAGGAAAGCAUCGCUCCCGAAACACGAAGACACCCACUGCGACACUGCAGCGCGCCGACGACCAUCUGCAGGGGAGAGGGCGUCGGCUGCCUCAGUGAAGUGCAACCUUGCGGACAGCGAGAGCAGAGGUGCCCCUCUUGGCACCGCGGCCCCAGUCCCCUCUAAAGCGAAGGAGAGGUUGGCGACGCACGCUGGCCCACGCAUCUCCGCCGCCCCACCUGUGCUUACGCAUGUCGCGACUCAUAUAGCCAGCACAACUUCCGUCCCGCCACGUCGCCUUCGCAGGCCCGUGGUAACGUGGUCGGAUGAUAUGCAGCAAUAUUGA